UUGAAAGUCUAAUUGGACGCAUAAUGGCGAAGUUACCUUUUCAGGUUUUUAACAAGUUGGUUAAAUUGCCAAAUAUUAUUGAUGGACAAACAGAAUUGGCAACAACUGUUGUCACUACUUUGAAGUAUUUGCAAUCAUGGCCGAUGGCACGAACGCCAUUUAAAAGCAGAUUUUGUUAUGGUUUGGUUUUCCUCUACUGCAAUAUUAUAAUGAUAGGAUUAUGGGGACACAUUAUUAAAUUAUUUGUUUGUUUUGUUUCAGAUGUUUCUGGUAAUUUUAAUUAUGAUAACGUUGCUGUAGAUUUUGCACUGCUUACUCUUGGCAUUUCCGGUUAUCAAUAUUGUACGCAUUUAUACAGGCACCGCCAUCUAGCUAAGAAAUUGUUGCAACAAUUGGGUGACUUUCGUCAAUUUGAAAAACCUUCUGGUAUUGAAUUUGCCGAUGCUUUCUUAAAUGGCAUUUUUAAAUCUGUAAUCAUUACUAUAAUAAUAUUAACACCUGUGUUGUUAGCAUUUUUAUUACCGAUGAAAUGCGCUGAAAAUGAUUAUUCUUGCGGUUUUCUUUAUCCGGCGUAUAUACCAGGAAUGAUGACACCGUUUCGGCGUAGGUGUUUUCUUUUAGUGCAAAUAACUUCUGCGUGGAUGUAUGUAUUGUUGGGAACCGGAAGUGUGUGGGUUGGAAUGCAUAUGGCCGAAUAUAUUGUGCUAUAUUUGAAACAAUGUCAGUCUAUAACUAAGAAAGUGUCUUUGAUUGAGAGUUUUGUGGAGAGGCAAAACCAUCUGCGAUAUGUUGUGCAAUAUCAUCAAAGAAUUUUAUUUUUGUAUGAGAAUUAUUGCAUUAUUGCAAAAGGAAUCUUCGUGGUGCAUGCAAUAUCGACGCCAGUUGUGAUGGCAAUGAUGAUGCACACAUUUUUGAUUGAUUUUCAAGUUCAGUGCUUUUUGAUUUUUGCGAUUUGGACAAUGACUUUGUUUGUUGUCUGUUUUAUGGGCCAGCGGAUGUUAAACGAGAGCGAAGCACUUGCAAAGGUCGUAGUUGAAACAAUUCCAUUUGAUGGAGACUCGCCCACAGCAAAAAUGAUGUUGUUUAUGUUACAACAAACGCAACGACCUUUGAGAAUACCUGCUGGCUCUCUAACAUAUUGCGAUUUUCUAUUAUUUUCAGCUGCGUUGAAAGCUACUUACUCAUAUUUAGCUCUACUUCAAAGAACCCACAACAAAUAAAACAUAUAAUUAAACAAUUAGUUAAUGUAGAUCUUUGUUAAAUACUAUAUAUUUAAUUAUUGUACCUGAAUAAUCAAAAAUUUGAAAAUUAAAAGGUUAUGGCGCUGAUUUUGCGACAGGAGCGCUUCGAUUUCGCGCCUUUUACUCUGCUUAUUUAUUUGUCACGGUCAGCCGUUGGUAGACUUUGAAAAUAACCGUUAUUAGACGUCUAGAAGUUAUUUUAACAUUAAUAAGUAAACAUACAUACGUUAAUCAGUUCCUAAAGAAAUAAAACCAAGUGAAAAUGGACGAGGUGUUUCAUUUCGACAAGAGUCUCCAAGAACGCCUUCACGAAUACGUGGAGAUCCUCUCCAACGACAAGGUAACAUCGGCAGAUUCCAUCCGCAAAGCAUGGAGUUUCUAUCUGGAGUUAACAAUCGAUCUCAACGGCUGGCAAGCGGUAUGGAAAGUCCCUCGCCUUGUUUGCCAAGAACUCAAGAUUCCAUUCCCUUCAUUAAUAUUAGUAUAUGUAGAUUCCGUUGAUUUUGAUGAAUUGUCUGCACACAUCAAAGUCAUAGGUGUUCAGGAUGAUAUUGAAAUUCAUGAGCAUCACUUUGUGCCUUUAAUGCAACUGUGGCCAACCAAAGAACAAGAUAAAUCAGUGGUUUUAGAUCUAGCAACCACAGCAAAUGUAACUGACAUGUACAGAUUCUUUUAUAUGCAUGUUUUCCUGCCAUGGGAUCAUGAUGAUGAUGAUACCAAUUGGCUGUCUAAUAAUUUAAGCAGCAGAUUGCGAUUGUAUUAUGAUAUGAAAAACGGUGUUAUCCCACGUAAAACUGCCGAACAUAUCAAAACUCUGCUAACAGAAGCACGUCGUAUUCAAAAUCACAGAGAAAACCUACAAUAUGAAAUUGCUGAGAAGAAUAUUGAAAUUGAUGAUACAAAUGAUCCUCAGGUGCAGGAAUUGCUAUCAUUGAAUAUGGAAAUGGUUGAGAUCAAGAGUGAGAUGGCGUUUCUAGAAAACCCUGUCACCAGAAACAUUAUUAUUAGUAGAUCUGAGAAAAAGAAUCAAAAAGAUGAUAGAAUUCCACAAACUUGGGCUGUGUUUCCAAAAGGAAAACUUGAAGAUUACACAGAUUUUCUUCAGCAACUUAAACAAAAUGAUCCUGAGUUUAAUGCUGAGUUUAUUUUCUCAAAUUCUUUGUGUGAUGUUCUAGAAAACUUCCACUAUCAUGACAUGAUUAUUUUGAACAAAUCCAGACAUAUUAUUAAGAAUACAAGUGGCUUGGAAUGUGGUGGAACACUUAAAGGCAUUUAUGAUAAAGAAUCUACAACUUUAUCAACUACAAAUGAAGAUAUAAUGCUGGAUUUCAGAGGUGAUGUGACAAUUGAAAAUUUAACAAUCAACGCAUCUUAUUCCCAAUGCGGUAUUUUAAUUCGUGCUGGAAAAACUACAUUGAAAAACUGUAAAUUGCAUGGUGAUAACAAGUCUUCAACUCAUCAAGGAAUCAUUGUUUUGAAAGGUGGGCAACUCGAGAUGGAAAAUUGUGAGAUUGCUGGUUUUUUCACGGCGAUUGUUGGUAAUUCCGGUUCGCAGAUUAAACUAACUAAUUGUGAUGUUUAUGAAGCGAAUGUCGGUGUAAAAAUUUAUGAUUUGUGCAGUUUUAAUGCUGCAAACUGUAAAUUUCGUGAUUGUUUUGAUUAUGGGCUUUGUGUUGAAACCAAUUCACAUAUUGGUGAUACUAAAAGCUCUGGUGAUUUUAAAUUACUUGAAGUGUUGCCGGAUGUUGAUGUUAAGGACCUUUCUGGAGCGAAUAACGCCAAAGGUGAUGUUGUAAUCAAUCCAGUAUCGAAGAUAACUCCAAAAAGCGAUCUGUUUUCGGAUCCGGCAAGUGAUCCAACAAAAAAGCGUCCAUCUUUGCCUGUAAAUCCGUCCGAUGAUGACAUGGACUACGAACACGACGUAACAGUCAUCGAAAAUCCACCUCCGGAAGAAACUGGAGCUGGUGGUGAAGUGUGCAAUUAAAAAACGGCAGCAUUUACAUUUACCACGUAAUUUUAUCUUUUUGUUUUGUUUAUAAAUCUUCAGCGUUUGCAAUUGCCAACGAUUUUUAACCCUCUUUGCAUCCAGCAAAGAGAAAUAAGUUUUAUGUGAUUAUAAAUCAUAGUGUUUCAAGAAUAUACAACAAUAUUCCCAAAAAGAA